AUGGCCCCAGCAAAUCGCCCAGAGAUCCUUCUCCUCUCCCUCGCACGCUAUUGUUCAUUUUUCGAUGAGACUUACUCCUCCUUGAUUGACAAACUGGCCGAAUCGGCCACCGUGAAUUGUGCCAAAACGGUGACUGGUGCGAUUCGGUACCUGGGAGAGCAUAACCCGAAGGCCAUCAUCAUCACGGACCCGGGCCUGAUUGAGGAUGCGAAUGCAGAAGUACUCCCAAAAGUGAUCUCGUACUUCGAUAAUUUCUUCGCCUCUGGCUUUGAGCUGCCUUGGAAGUCUGGGGAUUAUCAUCGUACUGAGUUCGAAUUCAAUCGCUCCUGUGUCCUCCCUCAGGGUGCCAUGACAUCUUCACUCCCUGGACCAUACAGCAUGAAGACACUUCAUAUCAAGAACGCUCGGCCUCAUGAGAAGAUUUUCGUCCCUGUCAGAAACGCUCGAACCCAGUCGCAUGUCCUUCCCCCGACACCAGUGGAUCCAACCCAGGCCAGAUAUGUGGCCUACUGUGGUGAUGCCAACGCGGAGGAGGGCUCGGAUAAGGUUAUCCUGUCUCUCUGUGGCCUUCGGGGUUGA